UCACGUCGUCUUCAACCUCACCCACAGUUUGCUUUCUCAUCCUUUUAUAAAUUCCCUUUUCCUCACACGAUUUUUCGCCUCUCUCUCUCGCUCUCUCUCAUAUCUUCUCCAUCAUCUUGCUCUCUCCUCUCUCGUGGAAUCUUACUCAGGUAUCUAUCUAUCUCUCUUUCUUCUCUAUCUCAAGCUUUCUUGAUAGCUGAUUUUUACAGAUAACAGAUCUUAAGUUUUUUUUUUAAUUACCGUCUUUUAGUAUCGAAAGUUUUGAUUUUUUUUUCUAAUAAAGUUUGAAUUUUUAAAUCCGAUCUGUGUUUUCCUCUUGGAGAAUUUCUCAGAUCUGAAUGUUGUGUAAUGAAUCUGACCUAAUUUGCUGUUUGAAACAGGCGUUGUUCUUGUGUGAAUCAAAGAUGAAUCAUUACAACUUCCAGCAGAACACCGCCUUCAUGUCUCGUGAGGAGAUGAUGGGAUUCGACCGCAAAGAUCUCGUUGUAUGUCCUAAGCCGCGACGUGUCGGAUGCUUACUCACCAACAAUCUCAUUCGCCCCAUUAGAUUACACAUGAGUCAAGCUGCUACUGAUUUGUGUGAAUCUAAAGCUGGUGCUGAGCUUUUAGACAUUAUUCGUAGAAAGGAGGAUAAUAAUGGAACAAUAGAUCAGUCGUAUUUUCACGGUUCACCUCCAAGGAGAGCAGUGAACCCAUUAGCUCAAGAUGCUCGUUUUCGUGAUGAGAAACUUAGUCCACUCUCACCUAACUCUCCUUUCCUUCAGCCCAAUUCAUCAACUAGCUUUCCUUCCCCAUCUCCAUCGUCUUCAUCAGCAUCUUCCUCUCGUGGUUGCGUUAGGAUGAAGUUUGGACUUAAACCACCUGCGGUUAGAGUUGAAGGGUUUGAAUGUUUGAACCAAAACUCGGGCCGCAUCCCUGCCAUGGCUUAGUAGACAAAGACAAAACAAAGUGUAUAUAGAGGAGAAGGAUUUGAUUACUAGUACGACCACCACCAUUUUGAAUAUUGUGAAAUAUCUAUUAUCUUUUCCUGAGAGAGAGAGAGAGGGGAGGAGGAAGAUGAAGAUUAGUUACCGUUGCCUGUCACCGUUUUGUUAACUUGUUAUUAUUCAGGUUAGUACUUUUGUAUAUAAAGAGUCAAGAAAUCUCUAUGUAUUCGUUUUGGUGUUUUUUUUUUGCUGGCUCAGGCUGAUCUUGAAGAUUAGAUGAAUCUGUAAAAUAUAAUCGAUUAUCUUUUUAUUCACCAUUGUAUAUAGUAAUGUUCUCUUUUUAACUUUGUUUGGGAGUUUAAGCUCUCUCUCAAAAACACUUUUGUAUAUGUAUUUUGGUGUAUAUUAAUUGCAUUGUAUUUGUUAUUUGACUUGUUCUUCUUGAC